AUGGCAAUACUGCUGCCACCUUUGAAAAACACCGUCUUCAUUCAACUUCUACGAUCAAAACUCCUGCUGCUACUAGUUCUCACGGUGUGUUGUACCCCACCAGAAGAUCCCAUCAAGUGCAGCUCCUCCCAGAAUUCGAAUUGCACCAUCACAAACUCCUAUGGCGUCUUCCCCGAUCGUAGCAUUUGUCGAGCGGCAAAGGUGGUUUUUCCCACCACAGAAGAAGAGCUCAUUUCAGUAGUAUCAACAGCCGCCAUGGCCAAAACCAAAAUGAAAGUGGUAACUCAUUCUUCCCACAGUAUCCCUAAACUUGUUUGCGUGGAUGGUAAAGAUGGGUUACUUAUCAGCACAAAGUAUCUUAAUAAAACGUUGAAAAUCGAUAAAGAAUCAAUGACGAUGACGGUGCAGAGUGGGGUGAUGUUGAAACAAAUAAUCGAAGAUGCUGCCGAGGCAGGAUUGGCCUUGCCAUACGCACCGUAUUGGUGGGGUUUGACCAUUGGUGGAAUGUUGGGAACAGGGGCUCAUGGCAGCACAUUGUGGGGAAAAGGUAGUUCGGUUCAUGACUAUGUCGUGGAAAUGAGAAUUGUGAGUCCUGCUGGAGUUAGAGUGCUUGAUCAAGAUCAUCAUUCUCAUGAUCUAAAUGCUGCUCGGGUCUCUCUUGGAGUUCUUGGUGUCGUUUCACAGGUAACUUUGAAGCUAGAGUCUCUAUUCAAGAGAUCAAUAACGUACUUGACAAAAGAUGACGAAGAUUUAGGGGAUAAAGUUGGUGAAUUCGGAAGGCAGCAUGAAUUCGCAGAUAUAAUUUGGUAUCCAAGUCAACGCAAAGUUGUGUACAGAUUGGAUGACCGUGCACCCUCUAAUGCUACUGCAAAUGGCGCAUAUGAUUUUAUUCCCUUCCAGCCAACCCUUUCAGCCCUUUUGGCAGCCAUUAGAAUUACAGAGGAAACUCAAGAAGCCUUGAGAGACGCUACAGGGAAGUGCAUUAAUGGACAGCUAACCACAUUCACCCUUCAAACAACUGCAUAUGGCUUGACAAACAAUGGUAUUAUAUUUACUGGUUAUCCAGUAAUUGGAAAUCAUAAUCGAGUACAAGCAUCUGGGAGCUGUCUUAAUAGUCUUCAAGAUUCACUUAUUACAGCCUGCAGUUGGGACCCAAGAAUCAAAGGCGAGUUCUUUCACCAAUCAGCAUUUAGUGUGUCUUUGUCAAUGGCCAAGAGUUUCAUUCAAGAUGUACAAAAGCUUGUUGAUUUAGAGCCAAAAGCACUUUGCGGCCUUGACCUCUACAACGGUAUUCUCAUGCGUUACAUCACAGCAUCCAGUGCCUAUCUGGGCAAAGAAGAAGACGCCAUAGAUUUUGAUAUCACAUAUUAUCGAAGCAAAGACUCCAUGACUCCUAGACUUCAUGAGGACAUUUUAGAAGAAAUUGAGCAAAUGGCAUUGUUUAAAUAUGGAGCUUUGCCUCAUUGGGGUAAGAAUAGAAACCUAGCCUUCAUUGGGGCCAUCAACAAAUAUAAAAAUGCAACACAGUUCUUGAACGUGAAGGACACAUAUGACCCAAAUGGACUCUUCUCUAAUGAAUGGACAGACCAAAUUCUAGGAUUGAGAGAUGGAGUAACAAUACUCAAAAAAGGGUGUGCACUUGAAGGAUUAUGUAUAUGCUCACAAGAUUUUCAUUGUGCCCCUGAUAAAGGUUAUGUGUGUAGCCCAGGCAAAGUUUAUAAGGAUGCUAGAGUCUGUGCUCGCAAAAGUAAUAAUUAG